AUGUCAACCGUGGUUGACCAACUCGUUGAUAUGGGCUUCGAGCGAGCUCGCGCCGAAUACGCUUACGCGCAAACAGGAAACGGUGCAUUAGAACAGGUUAUGGAUUGGUUAAUUAGUCACGAAGGGGAAGAAAUACCGGAUACACCCCCAGAAGUAGCUGCAGCAGCUGCAACGGACAGUAAACCCAAAGAGGCAGAGCUCACAGAAUCGACGCCGGGUAGUUAUAAAUGCAACGACUGCAACAAGCUGUUUCGUGAUGAGAAUAGUAUGAUGUUCCACGCAGCCAAGUCCGGUCACGAGAACUUCUCGGAGAGUACCGAGGUCAUAGCUGCUUUGACACCAGAGGAGCGUGCUAAGAAGGAAGCUGAAAUACGUGAUAGAAUAAGGGCUGCGCGUGCCCUUAAAGAGGAACAGGCAAGAAAAGAAGAGGAAGCUCGUAAGGCAAAAGCUAGCGGGCUUCCGCCUCCCGAACCGCCUGCGCCAGCCCCAACCUCAACUACUUCGAAACAGUCAAAUCCUGCUCCAAAAACGGAUUACAAAGAAGCCAUGAUUCAGGUUCGCCUUCCUUCGGGUCAAGCUGUUCGACAAAGUUUCGGAGCUUCUGAACCGCUGUCUGCCGUGCGACUGUGGUUAGAGAUCAAUCAUUCAGAUGGAAUGCCUUUCGGCCUUCUGAUGCCGUUUCCUCGUAAGGUGAUGACCGACGAGGACUAUGACAAACCACUGAAAGAGCUCGGACUCGUGCCUUCCGCUAACUUUGUGAUGACUCGUUGA